CACACCGAGAGAGAGAGAGAGCAAGCAGAUGGAAAUUGGAGGGACUGGAGGCUUCCAUGUCUACCGUGGACCCUCAAGAACAUCCCCAGAUAAGGAUGUGGGGGAGAUGAAUAUGAAGCUGCAUCCGAUAAAUAGCAGCGACAAAAGCGACAGUCAGAAGGGCAGCGACAACGAAUGCACAGUGAGAGAGCAAGACCGUUUCAUGCCAAUUGCCAAUGUGAUAAGGAUCAUGCGCAAAGUGCUUCCUCGCCAUGCCAAAAUAUCCGAUGACGCCAAGGAAACUAUGCAAGAGUGCGUGUCCGAGUUCAUCAGCUUCAUCACAAGCGAGGCAAAUGAGCGGUGCCAGCGCGAGCAGCGAAAGACCAUCACCGCCGAGGAUGUGCUUUGGGCCAUGAGCAAGCUGGGCUUUGACGACUACAUCGAGCCCCUCACCCUGUAUCUUAACCGCCAACGGGAGUCCGAGGGUGAUCGCGGCUGGAUAAGGCCGGCUCAGCCUGCCGUGAAGGGCGUGGCCCCCGACGUAGGAACGUCGAGUUCUAUGGCAACUUUUGCGCCGGUGUUUCAACUGGGCCAUCCCCAUGGAUUAAUGGGGGGAUUCCUGAUGAAUGCACCAAAUACAGCUUCUUCCCAAGCUGCAGUGGCUACCAUUGAUCCAUCUGUGCACUACUUUAACAAGUGAAUAAUUUGCUGAUAGCUAGAAUAUAUAUUAUGUAAAUGAACAAACAAAAAGAGAAAUUCGG